AUGAUCACGGAGAGGGAAAAACAUCCCAGAGAUGAAGUAUUAUUCAAAUGGGAUCCUCGAGGGAAUUUUACAAGUUUAGGAACCUCACCAGGUGAUAAUUUUAUUAAGAGGAGAAUGACGAAUCUGGAUAAUUCUCACAAACUUAUUAAUAAAUUGAGUAAAGUGGACAGAGAAGACUUGAACAAAGUUCUCAGAGAUUCCACAACAGAAGGAUUAAAUGUGAGACCAGAAUCAUUGGAUAAGAUCCGGGAUAAAAGAGCUGAAUUAAUGAAGAAUCUGAAAAAGUUUCAAUUACACAGUUGUAGAGACUGGCUGGGAACAAACACACUUAAAUCAAGCAUUCAAAAGGUUGACACCCUGGAUAGGCUCUCCUCAAUAAUUAUUAACCCAGAAUUCCCAAUUAAACACGAAGCAGUACUAUACAGCAUUCAACUUGGAAAAUCAGACCUCGAAUUUUAUAACGCUCUAUACUUGACAAAGUUGAGCAGAAUGAGUAAUCCUGCAGUGCUGGAGUUGAUCAGGCAACCAAUAUUUGUCAGGGAUAGAACGCUGCUGUUAACUGACAAAAAAACAUGUAAUUGUCCACUCAACGCCAUAACAAAACAACAGCCAACACAAAGACAUUUCCUACCGACAAUGAGACCAUUUUCCGAAACACAACAACCCAAACAACAAGGACCAAUGGGUGACAGUUUGCUAAAUAAAUUUAUGAGUCCACACACAAAUCCGAUGACUCCGGGUUUAUUUUCAUCAGAUCGAAACUGGCCACAGACAUUUCUAGGUUUUGAAAAAAGAUCAGAAGCACCAAAGCAACAAGAUGACAUUAAUGACCGUGACAUCGUUUGUCCAUUUCACUUCCCAAAAGAUCUACCAGAGCAAUUAAAAUCACCAAAGGGGCACUCGGGAUAUAUAUCUGAUUAUAAUUUAUUAUAUAGAUGCGAAGUUAUGGGAUCUGAUAACCUUCUAUUACUAUACGAAUUGGCGGAUAAUACAGCACCUAAUCCUGAAAUAUAUAAAUAUAAACUCCCCUCAAAGCUUUUAGCAAUUAAUUCUGUGUACUUGAAGGAUUUUGAAUUUCAACGUCACUACUCCUAUAACCUAAAUGAUUUUAAACGGGCGAAUUAUUCACAAAGCACAAUGGAUAGCGUAAAUUUAUCUAGUGUAUAUACAGGAGGAGCGCUUUUUAUAGCAACCAAGACUGAGUUUCUAAUUUGUAUCCCGAGAUAUAAUGAAAACCAGUUAAAUCUCACUGUGUUGGCACGUGAAAAGAACCAUGGACACAACAUCAUGGAAAUAUUGUCCCAUAAAAAUACCGGAAGGAUUUUUUUGCUAGAAACAAACAGCCUACUGUACGAAUAUCAAUACCAAUUAGGAUUUAAACCGAGGUCAUUAAUGGAUAAUAAAGUGUUUAAGCACGCAUAUGGAGCAUAUGUUUAUACAAAAAGAUUGUUGUCCGAUUACAUACGCAGAAACAGAGUGUACUCGUUAACUGUUUCCGGUACACCUACUAACAAUAUCCAAUUAACAGAACAAAAUGCAAGUGUUAGUCCUUUUAGCACACCAAAUCAACCAGUAUACAACUGCCUAGAAGGGCUAGAAAAACCAAUUGGAGGGUCAUUCUGUUAUGACCCACCACUAAUGUGGAACGAAUAUGGUAGUAGCACAUCAAAUAUAAAUUCGAACAUAUUUCAUUCACGUGAUACGUCAAGAAGUGACUGUACGUGUGGAAAUGGAUGCAAGAAGUAUAAAGUUAAUACACUACUGAGGUGCAUAAACCCAUGGAAUAAAACAUAUAUGAAAACCUCAGAUAGUAUUGGGAUAAUUGAUCAGAACAGAUCGAUAAUAUCACUGUUAAAUAUUUCUACGGGAGAUCUUUCAGUUUUCUAUAUCCACGGGAAUACAAGUUUGGAGGAAUAUAACAAUAGCCUUGAGAAAGGUGAAAGAGUGUUCCCAUAUGAUUUAACACUAUACAACUUGAGGCACAGCAAUAUGAUGAAUACGCUUGAAAGGCUCGGAUACGGAAGAUAUUCACACGGGACUAAAUUUGUAAAGAUGAUUUCACCACCAUUAAACUUUGUACAAGGAGUUGAUUUGAUACUAGUAGAUAACCUGGGCACUAGAGUUUUCAUUGGUUUCUCUAAUUUUUCACUAAUUACAACCAGCGGGUUUGCUUCUGUUACGUCAACUCUCAACCCGUCUGAUGGCGCAACCAUAAGCGCAGUGAAUACAAAGACGUCUCCAACAACAAAUAAACUAGGCCUAGCAGUUAAAGGAUUUAGACUACAGGCACGUCAUACAGCACAUGGACAAAGCUUUGGGUUCCCAAGAGGUCCUUUCUCACUUUUCAGAACAAAGCCAAACGUCUCAAGUUUCCCACUAGAUGAUCUGCUCAUAACAAUGGAACCAGUGAGGAAAAAUAACAACGGCACGCUGAUAAGAGCAAUUGUAAGCUUAAACGACUCUACAAGUUUCUUUCAAAAUUACGCGACAUUGCCAAUUUCCGUUAAUGAGGAGUUUUACUACUUCAACGAGGACCAUGUGAGGUACAAGACUGUGGAGGAAAACCAACCAGUAGAAUACUAUCACGAGUUUUAUAUCAAAUUGGGCGAUAAAGAAAAGAUAUUGUCAGUUAAUUCGGAAAAUACAAGUUUUCGUAGCGAGUCUGAAUUUGAUAGUCCAUACCCCCCAAACAGAAACGCCAACACAACUAACGUAAAGGAAAUGAAUGUACUUUCACCAGAUAAAGUCACCAAGAAUAAAAUUGUAAUAGUGACAACUGAGAAAGUGUACAAGUUCAACAGACUAGACUUGAAUUUGAUUUUAAAAUCUCUAGUUAAAUAUACGAAAAAUGCAGUGGAUCUGAUCAAACCACCCCCAAUCCUAUGUGAUAGUUAUACGUCAAAUAAUACCCACAACACAAAUAGUAUCGAGAGUACCGUAAAGGACCAGGAUGAAAAGUUUAACCUGAGCAAAUAUACUAAAAAAGAUGAGAAUGGAGAUGGGGAAAAAAAUUACUUUAUAAGUGCAUUAAAAGAAGAUAGUAUUAAAUUGUCCAAAUACCCAGUUAAUUACUCGGUAAACACAACUAAUAGUAUUGAAAGCAACACGGAUAUGACCGAGUAUAUGAAGUAUCUGAGGAAAAAAUCUGAAAAGAAUGAACUUGUACUGAAUGACAUCUUUGGAGAUGAUUUGGUGGAGGUCUGCGAAAACUCGAAACAGCUAGUGGGAUACUCAUUAUACUACUUAUCGUGGCUAUAUGGGCCUGAAAUUUUGUUUAAACAUUUAUUUAUUUAUUUGGUAGAGUUGUUGAAAGGCUGUGUUUUAAAGGAAAAAUUCUUCAAAGAAGAUGAUAACCAAAUUAUUGCUAAUAUGAGUAAUAAAGUUAUGAGUAAUAAACUAUUGGACAAAGUAAGUAAUUUGCUUCCAACAAUUAAGGGAUUUGAUGACACGGUUGAGAGUGAUGUGAUAUACAAGUAUAUAUUGUCUAGUAAUUUGGAUGACUAUAAUGUUUUUAUUGGAAGUUUUGGUAUACCCUCAAGAAUAUUUAAUUACGUGGUGCCUGGCUGUUAUUCAGUGUUGGACCACAAUUUUGAGAAGCCAGUAAUCUCACCAUGGUGUAGAUUCGUCUCAUUUUCUCAUAAUAAUAAGACUAAACAGAGCAGAGUUACAACUAACACGUCACCUCUGGUUGACGGCCUUCUGUUGCUUGUAUCAGAACUCCUGACACCGAUGUACCUUAAUAGAGCAAUUAACUUGGUUCCUAAUUUAUUCACGAGCAUGCUAAUCAACAACGUAGAUGAGCUUAACUAUAACCCUAACAAGCCAAGUAGAGUAAACUAUACACUUAACGGACUAGUGUUGGAUAAAUUUGAGAAUGAGAACGAGUUUGUGGUGGGAAGCAGAGUUGACAUGUAUUUGACAACAGAGUUAUCGAUGGGAUUAGAGUCAGCCAGAAAACUAUUAGAACAGUUAAACACAAUCCACACAAUAGCUUUAGAGCUGGUAAAAAAUUACCAAAAAUGUAAUUUAGAUAAUGCAGUACUUUUAAUGUCAACGUUGGGUCCGAACGUACAGAAGAUGAUCCUGAAACCAAACGUAAACCAAUAUGAGCCGUAUCCCCUCAACACAAGUUUCUUUUCUGACGUUUAUGCAACUUCUUCAUUUGCAAGUUUCUAUCCCACAAGUACUAGCGGGAUGAAUGAUAAGAGCCUUAGCGUAGACACUAGAGAAGCAUUCAAGGCCAUGAUUAAAGACCGUUAUGAGAAUGACUUAAGAACACUAAAAGAGUUGGUUUUAGUAUUGGAAGUCUCUCAGGAGUUUUUGGCCUCGUGUGUGCUCCUCCACAACAGCACAGUGCUAGGUGAAUAUAAGUAUGAGUUUGACAAGAAUUUAAAUUUAAUGAAUUUACUCCCGUCAAAAACUCCAAAUCCAUUUUUCAGUCCUUCAGACUACGUUCUCAACUCUAACAAAUUUGUUAGUCCAUUUAACUGUAAAUUUACCCACGAAUCUCCCAACUCUAAGCUCGUGCUCACCAAGGAUAUCGUCAACGUUUUGUCACAAUUUUAUUUAACAAAUUUAGCUCCUAUAAUGUCAUUUAGGUUCCUGAAUAAGGACGUCUAUAAACUCUUUAGAAUUGUGGUUUGGCUAAUUGGAGGCGAUACCUCAACAUUGGAAAAGUUCUUCUAUGGACACAUCUUCACAUUUGACGAGAUAACGAAUAUGAACAAGUGUAACAGGAUAAAGUACUUGGAGAGGCAUUUCGAGAAUACACAAGACGCUUCAAAGUGCGAGUACUUACAAUCGCUAAUCAAGCAAUUUACAAUUAACUAA